UGAAACCAUGACUACCAUGUUCAUUAUCAUACAAUCUCUCGGCAAGAGAUCAAGAGCAUAGAUGUCGAGGGAGCGAACAUGGUGAUGAGUGAUCUCGUCCAUUGCAUCCAGCUCAAGGGUGCUGGGAUUUAGCUUUCAUGUAGUUUCGCUCCUCGCUUCCAUCCCCAUCUCUCUCUCUCUCUCUCGAUCAAGAAAAGGGGUCGACGAUCGACCCAGGAAUGGUUCGCUGAGAUUCUGGCCUGAGCCAUGAGGAGCGCCCACCCCGCUCACCCGUCCAAGCUCGCCCAGCUCGACGACCCCGACCCCGACAACCCCGCCCGGCCGCCGCCCCCCGCCGCCCAGCAGCAGCACCACCUCCCCCUCUCCGCCGCCGCCGCCCUCCGCAAGAAGGGUACCGGCGUCCGGGCGUGGCUGCUCCUGGACUCGAACGGGCAGGCCCAGGUGGUGGAGGCCGGCAAGCACGCCAUCAUGCGCCGGACGGGCCUCCCCGCCCGCGAUCUCCGGAUCUUGGACCCGCUCCUCUCGUACCCGUCCACGAUCCUCGGCCGCGAGAGGGCCAUCGUCAUCAAUUUGGAGCACAUCAAGGCCAUCAUCACGGCGCAGGAGGUCUUGCUGCUGAAUUCGAGGGACCCUUCCGUGACGCCCUUUGUGGAGGAGCUGCAGAGGCGGCUCGCGCGUCAUUUCCACGCCACCACCAAAGCCCAGGAAGGGAAUGCUGAUGAUUCAAGAUGGACUUACGAUUUAGAAGAGCUGCAAUCAAGGGCUGUCAGCCCUGGAAAUUCUCCUGUAGUUUUGUCACGAUUAGAAGGUCAAGAAGAAGCUAAGAUGGAUGUGAAACAAGCACUUGAGAAUCGAGAGGGACUGAAACUUCCUCCGUUUGAGUUUGUUGCACUGGAGGCAUGCUUGGAGGCUGCUUGCAGCUGCUUGGAAAUUGAAGCGAGGACAUUGGAGCAGGAGGCUCAUCCAGCUUUAGAUAAGCUCACUUCAAAGAUUAGUACUCUCAAUUUGGAGCGAGUUCGUCAAAUUAAAAGUCGCUUGGUUGCCAUAACUGGACGUGUUCAAAAGGUGAGGGAUGAAUUGGAACACCUUCUUGAUGAUGAUGAAGAUAUGGCUGAGAUGUACUUGACAGACAAGUUGGUUCAACAACUGCUUGAAAGUUCUUCUGCUUCCUCGAUAAAUGAGAAAGAAGGAAUGGAUGAUGACGUUCUUCAAUCUGAAAUAGAGGAUAGGGUUCCCGCUGAGAUUUCUUUGGAUGCUAAUGGAAGUUCCACCUAUGAGGGUGAUAUUCCAAACGUUGUCAAUCCCCGGGAUCAUUUGUUUGCCGCCCCUAACGUGUUUAGUAGAGACAGCCAUGGAACACGUGCCAGUACCAUUCAUAGUGCCAUAAGCAAGCAUCUUGAUGUGGAGGAACUUGAGAUGCUGUUAGAGGCUUACUUUGUGCAAAUUGAUGGUACAUUAAACAAAUUAUCCACGCUAAGGGAGUAUGUUGAUGACACGGAGGACUACAUCAACAUAAUGUUAGACGACAAACAGAACCAUCUGCUGCAAAUGGGGGUUGUGUUGACAACUGCAACCCUAGUGGUGAGUGCUUUUGUGGUCGUGGCAGGACUUUUUGGCAUGAACAUCACUAUUGAGCUGUUUGAUAAGAAUAAAGGUCCAGAAGCAUUCCUUUGGACUGUCGGCGGUGGCGCCACUGGCAGCCUUUUCCUUUAUGUCAUUGCUAUUGCUUGGUGUAAGCACAAGCGAUUGCUGGAAUAACACUCCCUCUGUUGCCCCACCCAAAUAACAGUCAUUAAGUGUUGUACUACAAGACAGUAUCCAGUUGUGUAUAGCAAUGUUACACAUAUGCGAAUAGAUGCUGUUACCAGUCGAGAGUGUUGCUUAGUUGAGUACUUUGUAAAAACUUAUAGUUGAUAAUACUUCAUUAAUGCCUUUCUUUGACAUGUAUCGAAUCUUGAGAACUUCUUGGGGGUUACUCUCUGCCAAAUUUGGCAAGUUGCAGAAUGUAUCUUGAAGAAACAUGGAAUAUCAUUUGCCUGAGCUGUUGAUUGA